AUGGAUGGCGUGCGCACAAGGAAGCGCCAUCGGCUGUCGUGGGAUGUCGGCCCGCCCGAGACGCAGGUGGUCUGUCUGAACUUCUCUACUGUUCGAUUCAAUGAGAGAAAGAAGUGAGGAAUCCUCUUUGCGACUCUGACUCUCCCACUCCACUUGUUGCUUUUCUUUCUGUUACUUCGAAAGUAGCUGCUUCAGCUUUAGCCACGCGAAUUUUCGAUAUUCCUUUUUAUUUCUCAUCAAAUGAAUGGCAUCUUCUUCUGGAAAUCCUAGCUAUGCUUAUCAUGAUAUUGGGGAAUCUCAUUGCUAUUACUCAAACGAGCAUGAAACGUAUGCUUGCCUAUUCGUCCAUCGGUCAAAUCGGAUAUGUAAUCAUUGGAAUAAUUGUUGAUUCAUGAUUCGGGCUCGUUGCCUUACCUGGGGAUAAGUCGGCUGUCGGGUUUAUCUUCGGCUGAUGAAUCGGACUGUUGUGUUGGGUGAGUAGGCUGUCACAGAUGGAAGAGUUCCGACUGCGGCGCCGCCUUCGUCACCGCCGCUCAGGGAGGACGAUAGGGAGGGUCACUACGUGUACGACCUCGGAGAGAAUCUUACUCCACGAUGUGAGCGGUUUCCUUUUGUCAUUUCUUUUUUCUCUUCUAACGAUUGAUCUCCGUUCCGAGCUGUGUAGCAUAAUUUUUCAUGAUAAUUAUUGACUCUUCAAUGAUUAUAUCUGCCAGUAAUAAGGGUGGAUCGGUUAGUACGACCAUUAUUGUUCGUGAACAAUUUAGCUCAAAAGCCCUCGGAGUUAUCUAACUUUAAACUUCUUUUUGAUAAUCAAACCCCAAAACCUUCGGCCUUAUGCAACGGUUAAAUCAAAUGCAUCGCCUGUGAUUUGGAAUAUGCCAAUAAAUAGAUUAAAGGCAUACUGGUAGUAUAUUUUUAUUAUGAUUUGCAUUAUUGUAUUCCGAUAUAGCACCAAUAAAGAAGAACUAAUGGAUAUGGCUUCUCAUCCUUUCUUUAUACCAUCGACAGUCAUCUAUGCCGGGGUGUCAUGAAGCAUGUUGCUUGUUUCCUAGUUUGAUAUCUCUGCCACGAUGAUGCAUCAGUUCAGUGAAUGUCUGCCUACUUUUUAAAAAAAUAAUCAGAAAAGUUUUCUGACCGUCUGAUUGCAAAAAUGCCUAACAUUCUACCCAUGGGCGAUGCAGAUAAAAUCCUCAGCAAGAUGGGAGAAGGUUUGUGAUGAUCUAUCAUUGUCAUUCAGGUCUCUUCAUUAUUUAUCUUUAUAUUUUUACAUUCCCCCCUCGGAUGUUAGGACUGCAGGUACUUUUGGACGUGUUUUAGAAUGUUGGGACCGUGAGAAAUGUGAGCCUGUAGCGAUAAAGGUAGUGCGGAGCAUACACAAAUACCGUUAUGCUGCAAUGAUUGAAAUCGAUGUCCUCAAUCAUAUUGCUACGAAUGAAAGAGGCAGAUCGUGGUAUGUGUAAAUUUUAAUUUCCGUUUCAACCUAAGAUUGAAAUCUGCAAUAAUCCAGUGGGUUAGCUUCCCCUCAAUAUCGGUUAUUCAUUUCCUCGUGUCUCUGUUUAUACAGCUGUGUACAGAUUCAACACUGGUUUGACUAUCGAAACCACAUAUGCAUUGUGAGUAUCUGUUUCAUAUUUCUAUUUAAUUAGUUUCCUUAAUCAUUUAGGCUUUCUUUCUUCUUCUGGAUGCAAUUUGGAACUGUGAUUGUGCAGGAAAGAAUGAUACCAUCCCGUGCCUAGUUGCAACUGUUCAGUGAAUUAGGUGGUUUGUUUAUAUGCUGUUAAUGAAUUGGCAGUAGAGCGCAAACCAUUUUUUGGAUAUGAAAUUCUUUUCAUCCUUGAACAAGGGCUGAAGUUCUAAAACAUCCCCUUCUCCCCAAUAAUCUGCAACCAUUAGUCUGUGAGGUUGGUGCAGGGACUGAGGUGGAGUUAAUAUCUCACUGGAAAUGGGGAUACUUUUUUUUAAUUGCAAUAUCCCUACAGGUUCAUUUCAUAACAGGGAGCUAAGUAUUAAACAGUUUCUUUGAUGAACUUUAAUGGUGUUACCAGGUCUUUGAGAAGCUUGGACCGAGCUUAUUUGAUCUCUUAAAGAGAAAUAAAUAUUGCCCAUUUCCUGUGGAUCUCGUCCGGGAUUUUGGGCGUCAGCUUUUGGAAUCUGUCGCAUGUGUGUGGAUUAUUUAUUGGGCUCUUUGAUUUCUUUCUGUUUGUUUUUUUCCUGAAUGAUCUUGCCAUCUGUUUCUGAACCAGUUUUCGUGACAUUUUGUUUUUUGUGCAUCUGGAACGUAGAUAUACACGAUCUACGCCUAGUUCAUACUGAUUUGAAGCCAGAAAACAUACUUCUUGUGACAUCCGAGUAUGUAAAGGUCCCGAGCCAGAAGGUACUUUAGUCAUCUAUAAUACUUAACGAGGUAAAAAAAAUUUCCCAUAUGUUUUGACUUGAUAGUCAAUAAAUUCUUGGGUAUUAUACAGAGCAAUUUGCAGGGGGGAACGCGUUUUAGGUGCUUGCCGAAGUCAAAUGCAAUAAAGUUGAUUGAUUUUGGUAGUACUGCAUUUGAGAAUCAGAGCCGUAGUUCCAUUGUUUCAACAAGACAUUACAGAGCACCAGAGAUAAUUUUAGGUAAAAAAAUUAUUUUUUAUGGCAAAACGUUCGUUUUAUGUCCAUUUGAUCCAUGGUCAGGCCAUCCGUGGAGAGUUUUGUGAACAAUCAAAUAUCUUAUCUGGGAUGAUCCUCAACAGGAAAGGCAACCAUAUAUCUUUUAAGUGAAAAAAAACAUUCACUUUCCCAUUGCCUUUUAAUAGAUCGUAUCAAUAGGCUUUUGUAUUCUUUGGCACAGUUUAAUUUCUUCAUCUCCUCUUUUUCUUUUCUUCAUGUCUUCCAAUAUUUUUUCCGAUAUUUUGAUGUUAUUAUUAUGAAACAAAGUGAGAUUUUUUUUAAGUUAAAUUAUCUGGUAACUUUCUCAGGAAUGAAAGCACCUUUAUUCGCUUAUCGCCUUGUGCUCUGUUUUAUGACGAACUCUAGUAUGGUCACCCUUUUUUUUUUCAUUUUUUCUUUAUAAAACAAGGUAAUUUCUUCUUUUUCUUAAGUUAGGUCUUCUUUUCGCCUUCCAAUGGAAUGCGUGUCUGUGUGUGUGUAGGGAUUCCAUUUCUGGCUGAUUUUGUAUAAUUAUUACGGGAAAAUGAUGUUCUUUUUAGACUUGACCUGUUUUACAAAUUUCUUGUUGACCUCUUCAUUAUUUUUUUCUUCAAAUCCAUACUUUAAUCCGAGUUUGUAUUCGCUUAUUACUGCACUGCCUUUUUGUUUCUUGGUCUUGAUUGUUGAAUUAGUGAGCUUAUACUUUUUUGCUCCAUUUCAGUUGAUGUCAAAUUACUUUCUUUAUGUCCUGCCUUGACAUAUCGUGCUGAUUCGAUUCGGCAUCAUUCAUGUAUUUGAACGGGUCUGAGGUUUCAGUAGCUCAGCAACUCGCUCGUUGCCCUACCUCUUUUAGUCCAUGUACCUCUCUCUGUCUUAUGCCAUUACCUUUUCUUUUCUUUUUUCCGUUUUGUUAUAGAAUCAUCUUGAAAAGCAAAGACAAACCAUUGUGAAUUAAAAAGAAACGAGUGUUCUAUGUUUUUGUUUUUUUUUUAAAUGGUUUUUUAGUCCCAAAAAGGAACUGGUUUUGCAGACUGAUUGUUCCCUUGUGCUUCCCACUAGUCCAUCUCCUUCACUCGGCUUCAUUUGAAGCGACGCAUACUCAAGCAACUUUUUCAACCUGAAAGAAAGCCCUAACAUAAUCGAAGUGCAUGCUUAAAGUUUUAAUUUUCAUGCCGUGUGCACCUCAGGUUUAGGAUGGGACUAUCCUUGUGACCUCUGGAGCAUCGGCUGCAUACUUGUGGAGUUUUGCACAGUACGUGCCCUGUUUUUUCCCUCUCUGGAUUUUUUUUCAUCCUUUGAUAUAUUGCCUGAUGGUACUAUUCUGUGGAGAACUGGUUGAAGGGGGGAGCGCUUUUUCAGACCCACGAGAAUCUGGAGCACCUGGCAAUGAUGGAAAGGGUCUUGGGGCCGCUGCCGCCUCGUAUGGCCCAAAAGGCCAAGUAUGAUCAUGUUUUCAGUUAAUCUGCGGUUUACACAGGAAGCUCUAAUAAGCUGCAGUUGAAUUUCUCUUUUAAAGUCAAUGCGUUCCAUUCCCUUUGUGGAUUGUUUUCUUUCUUCAGCAGCCUCAUGGGCAAUGCAACAAGUCUCAAGAGGAGCAUUCUUUAAGGUUGUAACUUCUGCCUUGACCAUGAUCUCGCGCCUUGUCUAUCUGUAGCCCUUCUGCCGCGAAAUAUUUUACCAGGGGAGCAGAACUGAACUGGCCAGAGGGCGCUGCGUCCAGGGAGAGCAUCAGGGCCGUGGGGAAGCUGGGUAGACUGAAGGUAUGCUGCUGGUGAUCUUCUCCUCGAGGGUUCCAUCCCCAAUGCGGCCCUCCCGCCCUUGAGACGACCAAAAAUGGCAGCUGUUAAGCCGCUUGCUUUGCUUCCUGAUUGACCUCUCCGAAUGCAGGAUCUGGUUGGCCGGAAUGCAGAGUGCUGGGGAGGCUCCUUCACGGACUUACUGCGUGGUUUGUUGAAGUUUGAGCCGGCUGAGCGACUCACGGCUGAGGAAGCUCUUGACCACGCGUUCUUCCAGCAAUCCGGCCCGGCAUGA